UUAAUAUUUUAGUAAGUCAAAUAAUGGAAGUCGAAAAACCACAGGAAAAUCCUGAAUUACAAGACGAGAAGAAAGUUAAGAUCCAGGUUGAGAUGUUACCGUCGAAGCAGAAAAAGGAAAUAUAUGGAGCUCCAGUCAAGAAGGACUAUUUGCCUGACAUCUUGUUCAAGGAAGAGCUCAUUCCUGAAGAGAGACUAUUUGUGAAUGUUUACAUGGCUCAUUUCUUACUGAAGUAUAAGGAUGGAGCUACUAGUACAGCCAUUGAACUACCUGUAGGGAUUCCUCAUCCCACCAGAGUAAUAAUCCAGCAUAUUUCAGACAGACUAGGUCUUGGAUCUAUCGUUCGUGGUGGAAGGAAAGGAUGAACCAAAAGACUCAUUAUUGCCCCAAUGAUCAUGGAUAAAGAUCGCUUCGAGAAAGCCAAGCAAACUAGAGACUCUGUCAUCGAGCACGCAGUGAAAAAUUACAAGUACAAACUUUAUGAUCCUCCUGAAGUUGCCAUUAGGGAGGAAUGCUACAAGAACACAGAUGAACAGGUAGCCAAGUUCAAAGAUGGCAAAAACUAUGAAGAUGUAUGGAACGAAAUUACUGAAACAAAGUGAGCAGAGAUGAAACAGGAAUUUAGUCUAGAUGUUGAAAAAGACAAAGCCCUUCCAAAAGACGGCAAAGACUGGAGUCUUUCUACUGAAGACUUCAAGAUCUACAUCAGCAGUGAAAACAAGGAAGCUGUCAAUAGAGAUGCUCUUGGUGAUAUCCAAGCUCAGUCUAAUUCAGAGAAUCACCAAGAUGAAGAGAUGGAGCCAGAGGAAUCUUCCGAAGAUGGCCAGAGCGAAGAGACAGGGACCAAUAAUAUCAAACAAAUAGGAAUUGAAAACCUAACACUUGAGACUUUCAAAGCGAGACCAGACCAGAUAGUUGAUAUUUAUGCAACUAAAGUGACAGAGCAGUCUGCAGAAAUUAGUUGGGAAGUUCCAGACUGUAACAACUCCGAGAUCACUGAGUAUCUUGUCAAAACUAUGGAGAUCAGCGAAGAUACAACAGAGAUUAUUUUUCAAUCGAUGCAAAGGACUACUACACCUUCUGCUGUUAUUGAAGAUCUUAUACCGAACACUUGGUAUAUUGUUGAUGUUAGAGCGACUAAUGAGUUUGGUACUUGUCUUAAAGCCUCAAGGAUACUUCCUAUCAAGACAUUAAUAAAAGAGAAAGGAAGUCUUUAUGUUUGGGGAAAUCAAUCUAACGCAGAGCUUUGCUUAGAUAAAUCGGAUGUUAACAACUCCUUGUUCAACAAGGAGAAGCAUAUUGCCAUGGGACCUCUCAAGGUUAACGCUUUCAAAGAUUUUGUGACAGAUAUAGCAUCUUCCGACUCAACUACCUUAGCAACGAUAUCUGCAGAAAGCAAUAUGAAUCUGACCCAAGCUGGAGUAACUUUUGAGAUCGGCGAGGAGGACCCAACUAUUGUAUACUCUUCAGGAGAAUCUGAAAAGCAGAUGUUUGCUCUACCAUUUAUCCAAAAUCUUAAGAGCCGCAGAGGGAUCUCAGAGCAAGCAGUCAAAGUUGAAUGAGGAAUGAACUUUGGAGUAGCUCUAAGUACGACUGGAAAAGUAUAUUCCUGGGGUUGCUCGAACUUUGGUCAACUUGGACAAGAAAAUAACCCUGAGAAAGAUCCACAAGCCCUCUCUGAAAUCUCUGCAGUAAGAAGACCACUCGUGAUCAAGGAACUCGAAUGGGAAGAUGACUUUGUGAUUGACAUUGCAGUUGGAUUCACCCACUGCAUUGCACUUACUUACAGAAAGAAGAUCUUUAUGUGGGGACAGGUUUGUUGUUUUCCAUUCAACAAGAUCUCAGAUCCAGCUCCAGAUCUAUAUUCCUCUUCAGCAAUGUACCCCAGAGAGAUCAGGUCUGUGCUCUCAGACUAUAAUCCGAUCAGAGUCUUUGCAGGGACCCUUUUCAGUGGAAUUCUCACCGUGGAUGGAAAGCUGCUCACAUUCGGGUUCGGAAACUCAGGCCAGCUGGGCCAUCUUGAUAAGUCUGAUGGAGAAGACAAAGAGUUUGGCUUCCUCUAUAUCCCCAAAAGAGUAGAUUUCUUUGACGAUUACUUCAUCGAAGACGUAUCCUUCGGAGGCUCCCACAUCCUAGCAAUUGCCAGGAAGAAAAUAAUGAUCAACGAAGAAGACUUUAAAAUUGAAGGGCCUAGAGAAGUAUUUGCUUGGGGCUCCAACAGCAAGGGACAGUGUGCUAGCGUGAAGGAUAAAUAUAUCUCACUGCCAAAGAAGAUAGAAGCUUUUGCCGGCCAAGAUGUACUACAAGUAGCAGCUGGAAUAGACCAUUCUCUAUUCCUAGUCCAAAGAGAUGAAAAUAAUACAGCAGUAUAUUCCUGUGGAAAUGCUGAAGAUGGUGCUUGUGGGGUCAGCAAAUCCUUAUCAGGCAAAUUCUCCACUCCUCAGCUCAUCACAAUGCUGGAUAAGAAGAGAAAGCUGGCAGACAGCGAAGGGUUUGCCGAGGUUAUCAAACUUAAGGCUGGCUCAAAAACCUCCUUUGCGAUCAUAGGGACUGACUAAUUGCUAA